AUGCCGGCAAGUACGCAACAAAACGUGUCAUCUGCUCUACGACUACCACCCAUCGACCCUCCAGACGGAGGGUAUGGAUGGGUUAUUGUAUUGGCCAGCUUCCUCCUCUUCACAUUGUUGGCGGGGGAUUUUUUUCAUUUGGUGUGCUCAUGGAUUGGAUCUUUGUUUUUUGGUGUUGGAAUCAUCAGCAACGCAAUAUCCCUAGCGCUGAGUAACAAGUUUGGACACCGACCAGUGGUCAUCACGGGUGGCGUACUAUCAGCAUGUGGGCUGGUGCUUUCUGCCUUUACUACCACCAUACACCAACUAUAUUUUACAUAUGGAGUUUUUACAAGUUUAGCUUUUUGGCUUCUUCCCGUGCCCUCUCUGGCAUUAGUUGGAAAAUACUUCAAAAAGAGGUUAUCUAUGGCAGUUGGACUUGCACUGGCUGGUACGGGUGCGGGACAGUUCUUGUUUUCCCUUGUAAUCCAGAUAUUAUUAGACACUUACGGAUGGCGGGGGACUAUGAUCGUUCUCGGUGGGUUAUCGCUAAAUAUCUGCGUGGCGGGUGCACUGUUCAGACCGCUGGAAGGAUACCAGACGAAAGUAACCCUGGAAGACAGAGGGUACAAAGAAAUAAACAGGCCGCGCGUACGUAUUAAUUCAUCGGAUAGCCACUCGAGAAAAAAUAUCGCCGCUCGGUACGCAGUGAUACAAGAGGUUUCGGAGGAAAGCGACGCCGACAGUGUGGAUGGCAUUGUGUUUACGACCAAAGGGUGUUCCAGUGACUCUGUGCCCCAUAAUUUAAACGUGGAACACGAAAUUUCCUAUAGAGACGUAGAACUCGAUGAACAUACCAAGACAAAGAAAUCGUGUUGUUGUCGUUGUAAGUUCCUUUGGAACAAAUUUGGUGCUAUUUUCCGAUCCAUGUAUGACGUCACAUUGUUUAAGAGCCCAGUAUUUCUGUUGGUGAUGCUGACUGUAUUUGGAUAUUCUUCUUCACAGUACGCCAUCAUCGCACACGUGUAUCAGUGUUAUCCUGACCUGGAAGUAAUGCAUAUGCAAUGUCAUCAACAGGUUAAACGUGGCCGAGAUUUUGGUAUUCCCAGCCUGAAGAGUUCAAGUUUGCCCGCUAUGAUGGGACUGACACAGUGCUUUGGUAGAAUAUUUUGGGGAGUAGGAGGAGCCUUGUUGAAAGUCAAACCGUAUAUACUUUACGGGGCUGGUAUGGGUAUCGGCGGUCUUGCUGCAAUUGUCAGUGUCUACAUAAGAAAUUACGAAGGACAGCUAGCGUUCGUUCUUAUAUUUGGUCUUUGUAUGGCGUGCUACAUCCCAAUGCUUCCAGUGGUGUUACAUUACUUCCUCGGCGCCGACAAACUCGACCACUCGUUGUCUAUGACGAUGCAGAUGCAAGGAUUGGCUGCUAUGCUAGGAUCCCCGUUUGCAGGGUGGAUGCGAGAUAUACAGGGUGAUUAUGACGGGGCGUUUUAUUCUGUUGGUUCGCUUCUCAUUGUCUCGUCAAUACUGGCUUUCAUUACACCAUACGUUAACAAACAUCUUGUCUCCGAGCAAAAGAAGAGUACGGUUGCCGUGAUUACCGUGGAAGAGGAACGUACAAGGACUCUCUCUAUGUCUGAAUCGCUUGCAACUCUAGAUCACCUAACGGCGAUGUAG